AUGGGCCUUGUUCUAAAUAUUUUCUAUGUAUGUUGUUUCUUUUUGUGCAUUACAACCAUUGUUUGCAUUGAACCACAUUCUCAUCUGAAAGGAAAUGUUGAGUCUCUACUGAAGUUAACUCCCUGGAACUGGAAGCACCUGAACACAUCCGUCAAAGUGGAUACUCCAGUCUCUGUGGACAUUUCUCUUCUCUCUCACUAUAGACUUACAGGGAAACACUUCAACAAGUAUCAGAAAUUUCCAAUGCAAAAGGACUGUGCUUCUAUUCUAAAAUUCAUACCCAACACAAAAGGAAAAGAUGGCGUCUACACUAUUAACCCGGAUAUGAAGACAAAAAAACUGGUGUACUGUGACAUGACUACGGAUGGUGGGGGUUGGACGGUUAUUAAUAGGCGGAUUGACGGAUCCGUAGAUUUUUAUAGAUCCUGGGAUUCGUACAAAGAAGGAUUUGGAAAUGUGGAGGGGGAAUACUGGUUAGGAAAUGAAGACAUUCACUUACUUACUAAAAGGAAACAACAUGAACUGAGAGUGGACCUUCAAAAAUUUUCAGGCGAAAAGGCUUUUGCAAAGUACUCAACCUUUUCUGUCGGAAGCGAGUCCCAAAAAUUCAAAUUGACAGCCAGUGGGUACAGUGGCACUGCAGGAGAUAGUUUAGCACAUCAUAAUGGAAAACCAUUCUCCACGAAGGAUGCAGACAACGAUUCUUAUAAGACUUCCUGUGCUGUUAGAGGGAAUGCUGGGUGGUGGUUUGGAAGCUGCGAUGAUAGCAAUCUGAACGGACCUUAUCUCAGAUCUGCAGUCAAAACGGAUCGGAGUAUUAAUUGGGACAAAUUUGGAAAAGGUUUUUCCUUGAAGUAUGCAAAAAUGAUGAUCAGACCAAAAAAUUAA